CCAGUUUCCACGACCGAGCCCAUCUCUGUCCCCAACUCAGAAUCUAUGGAAACCACCACGUCCCCCGGCGUGGCCGCUGCGGUGGCCAGUGGCAUGCCCGGAGGACUGCCUCGACAGUACAACGAUCAGGAUUUGGCCGAUUUCCCCGGCGAGAAGGUGGAUUUCAAGGUGAUCUACAACAAGAAGAAGUACGAUAUCAGUUUCCCGGUGGAAGAGACCGUGGGUUGCCUCAAGGCCUAUCUCCAGAGCGUGAUCCAAAUCCCGCCCGCCAUGAUGAAGGUCAUGUUUAAGGGCUUGGCCAAGGACGAGAUGACUCUGCGACAACUAGGACUGGUCAAAGGAUCCAAGGUCAUGGUGGUGGGUUCGACCCUCAACGACGUGCUCGAGGUGUCCACCAAACCUACAGCCUCGCAAUUGAAGGAAAUCAAAAUUGCCGGGGCGGACGGUGGAUCCAGCUCGAAAUCAUCGCGGGACAAGAUUCACAAAAAGGUCUUGGACAAGGGCAAACCCGAGGACGCCACCCCCGGAAUCAAAGGUGUGCGUCAAUCCCUCCCAUCUACGCCCCUCUCGGGCAUGCUCAAUAAGAGUGGCGGCAAGGUGCGUCUGACAUUCAAGUUGGAGGUGGAUCAAGUGUGGAUCGGGACCAAGGAGCGCACCGAGAAAUUGCCCAUGAGCUCGAUUAAGAACGUGGUCAGCGAGAGCAUCGAAGGCCACGAGGAGUACCACAUCCUGGCCUUGCAAUUGGGCCCGACCGAGGCCUCGCGGUAUUGGAUCUAUUGGGUGCCGGCCCAGUACGUGGACGCCAUUAAAGACAGCAUACUGGGCAAGUGGCAAAUCUGACGAGAGGCGGAGCAUGGGAGGCAUCUGAUUUUAGCUGUACAUACAGGACUGUGAUAACAUUUUAGUUCGGACGUGUCCACACGCAAGCAUCAAACCAACCACGAGAACAAGUUCAGGGGUGAAAGCGCGGGAAAGAACCAAUAAAUGCGUCAAUCAGAACCAGA